GCCGCGAGGCAACGCAGGCGGCCGCGAGGACCCGCGCGUCGCCGGGGCACCGAGCGAGGGUGGCGGCGGGGUCGCCAGCUGAAGACUCUCUGCCCCUGAGGCCUGAUCGGGCGGUCGCGCCCUCCCUGGCGGCCUUCGCGCCCCCGGCGGGGCCGGUGCCCGGGCCUUCGGCUGGGGGCCUGCUGGCCCUCCGUCGGCGACCCGAGGCGUCCGUCGGUCCGUCGGUCCGUGCAUCCGGCGAGCUCGGCCUGCCCCGCGGGGAAGGGCGGCCGGGCCUGGGCCUCCCUCCCCGGACUCGGGAGCCGCCGCUGCAGCAGUAGCAAGCUAACUGGAACUUUGAGGAGAGUGAAAUAAUGAAAGUGCAAAUCUGUGCAAGAGAGAUUGCGGUGGAGAGACUGAGGAGAAAGCAUGGUUUAUUGACAAUCAUUUAACGUGCUGAAGAGUGCUGGUGAGCCAGCACAGUAGCUAAUGCAGCAAAGAAGAACAGACGCAGAUUUGAGGAAUUCAGCUUGCUAAAACCUUGAACUGAAGUCCUAGAGAUUGGGACAUCUGAGUUUGUAUAUGUGGACUUUCAACUCUAUUUGCAGUGGGUUAUUGUAGGAGAAUGCCAGCUGCUUAAGCUCACUUGGACAAGAUGGAAGAAGAAGAACUGGAAUGUCCAAACUCUUCCUCUGAAAAACGCUAUUUUCCUGAAUCCCUCGAUUCCAGUGAGGGGGAUGAGGAGGGGAUUUUGGCCUGUGAGGAUUUGGAACUUAACCCUUUUGAUGGAUUGCCAUAUUCAUCACGUUAUUAUAAACUUCUGAAAGAAAGAGAAGAUCUUCCAAUAUGGAAGGAAAAAUACUCCUUUAUGGAAAAUCUGCUUCAAAGUCAAAUUGUGAUCGUUUCAGGAGAUGCUAAGUGUGGCAAGAGCUCUCAGGUUCCUCAGUGGUGUGCUGAAUAUUGCCUUUCCAUCCACUACCAGCACGGGGGCGUGGUGUGCACACAGGUCCACAAGCAGACUGCGGUCCAGCUCGCCCUCCGGGUGGCAGACGAAAUGGAUGUUAACAUCGGUCAUGAAGUCGGCUACGUGAUUCCUUUUGAGAACUGCUGCACCAGUGAAACGAUCUUGAGGUAUUGUACUGAUGAUAUGUUACAGAGAGAAAUGAUGUCCAGUCCUUUUCUGGGUAGCUAUGGGGUCAUCAUCUUAGAUGAUAUUCAUGAAAGAAGCAUUGCAACUGAUGUGUUACUUGGACUUCUUAAAGAUGUUUUACUGGCAAGACCGGAACUGAAGCUCAUAAUUAACUCUUCACCUCACCUGACCAGCAAACUCAGUUCUUAUUAUGGAAACGUGCCUCUCGUAGAAGUGAAAAAGAAGCACCCAGUGGAGGUUGUGUACCUUAGUGGGGCUCAGAAGGAGUCUUUUGAGUCUAUUUUACGCCUUAUCUUUGAAAUUCACCACUCCGGUGAGAAGGGUGACAUUGUAGUCUUUCUGGCCUGUGAACAAGAUAUUGAAAAAGCCUAUGAAAUUAUCUGUCAAGAAGGAUCUAACUUAAACCCAGAUCUUGGAGAGCUGGUAGUUGUUCCUUUGUAUCCAAAAGAGAAAUGUGCAUUGUUCAAGCCAAAUGAUGAAACAGAAAAAAGAUGCCAAGUUUAUCAGAGACGAGUGGUGUUAACGGCUAGCUCUGGAGAAUCUUUGAUCUGGAGCAACACAGUCAAAUUUGUUAUUGAUGUCGGGGUGGAGAGAAGAAAGGUGUAUAACCCUAGAAUAAGAGCAAACUCACUCGUCAUGCAGCCCAUCAGCCAGAGCCAAGCAGAGAUACGCAAGCAGAUUCUCGGUUCAUCUUCUUCAGGAAAACUUUUCUGUCUGUACUCUGAAGAAUUUGCCUCCGAAGACAUGCGGCCACUUAAGCCGGCGGAAAUGCAGGAAGCCAACCUAACCAGCAUGGUGCUUUUUAUGAAGAGAAUCGACAUCGCGGGCUUAGGCCACUGUGACUUCGUGAACAGACCAGCACCAGAAAGUUUGAUGCAGGCUUUGGAAGACUUAGAUUAUCUGGCAGCACUGGACAAUGAUGGAAAUCUUUCUGAAUUUGGAAUCAUCAUGUCAGAGUUUCCUCUUGAUCCACAACUCUCCAAGUCUAUCUUAGCAUCCUGUGAAUUUGACUGUGUAGAUGAAAUGCUAACAAUCGCUGCCAUGGUAACAGCUCCUAAUUGCUUUUCGCAUCUGCCCCGGGGAGCAGAGGAGGCCGCCUUGUCUUGUUGGAAGAAGUUCUUACAUCCUGAAGGAGAUCACUUCACCCUCAUCAACAUUUACAAGGCCUACCAGGACAUGGCUCUGAAUUCCACCAGCGAACACUGUGUUGAAAAGUGGUGUCAUGAUUACUUCUUCAACUGCUCUGCACUCAGGAUGGCAGAUGUUAUCCGAGCCGAACUCUUAGAAAUCAUCAAGCGAAUCGAGCUUCCUUACACAGAACCUGCUUUUGGCUCAAAGGAAAACACUCUGAACAUAAGGAAAGCUCUUCUGUCUGGUUAUUUUAUGCAGAUUGCUCGGGAUGUCGAUGGGUCAGGUAAUUACUUAAUGCUGACGCACAAGCAAGUUGCACAGCUGCAUCCCCUUUCUUGUUACUCUGUCACCAAGAAGAUGCCAGAGUGGGUUCUCUUCCAUAAGUUCAGCAUAUCUGACAACAACUACAUCAGGAUCGCCUCAGAAAUCUCUCCUGAGCUAUUUAUGCAAUUGGCACCACAAUACUAUUUCAGUAAUCUGCCUCCUAGUGAAAGUAAGGAUAUUCUACAGCAAGUGAUGGAUCACCUAUCACCCAUUUCAACAAUGAAAAAGGAACAGAAAAUGUGUGAGAACUGCCCUGAAACUACUGAACAAAGAUGCACUAUACAGUGACUCUCAAGAAGCUUCUACACAAAAUCUGAUGUGCAAUAAAUAUCCCAAAGGCAGCCUAACAGCUGGUCCACUGGAGUGAUGUGCAGACGCUACGUGAAGAUGGAUGUCAUACCCCACACAGGAUAGUCUUGAAAAGAAUAACACUUUUUGCAUAUUAUUUAACAACUAAAAAUAGAAGUUUUUAUUGAGUUCUUUAAAUUACUACUCCAUGUUUUUCUUCUUAUUGGAAAAGUUUUUAAUCAACCAUUCUUAAUUUGACCAAAAUUUUAAAAAGCAAAGAUAUUUUGUAAAUGUGUCACAGACAUGGGUGACAGAACCCUACUUUUUGUAGAGGACCUUAAUCUGAAUAAAGUCAUGAGUUUUUCAGUAAAUCUCCACUGA